CCGUGACGUCACGCCGUCCCAGGGCUGCACACUCCGGAUCGCGAGCGGCCGUAGCACCGACACCCGGAGCAGGACCGGUAGCGGCAGGAACACCGGCACUCGGAGCAGGACCGGGAGCGGUUCCGAGGAACGGCGGCACUGGUUGAUGGGAAUUGCGGUUGGUUUUGAAAAGCGACCAUGGAGGACGGAAAACCUGUGUGGGCUCCACACCCACUGGAUGGGUUCCAGUUGGGUUCCAUCAUUGAUAUUGCUGUUGAUUCACUAACAAUUGAACCUUUGAAUCAAAAGAACAAGACUUUUCUUGCACCUGUCAACCAAGUCUUUCCUGCAGAAGAAGAUAAUAAAAAGGAUGUAGAAGAUAACUGUGGCCUUAUGUAUUUAAAUGAAGCUACUCUCCUGAACAAUAUCCGAGUUCGCUAUAGCAAAGACAAAAUAUAUACUUAUGUAGCUAACAUCCUUAUAGCAGUGAACCCAUACUUCGACAUACCUAAAUUGUACUCAUCAGAGUCCAUUCAAAAGUACAAAGGGAAGUCCUUGGGCACUCUGUCACCACAUGUCUAUGCUAUUGCUGAUAAAGCCUACCGUGAUAUGAAGGUGCAUAAAUUAAGCCAGUCCAUCAUUGUAUCAGGGGAAUCUGGCGCUGGUAAAACAGAAAAUACCAAGUUUGUUCUUCGGUACUUAACUGAAUCAUAUGGAACCGGUCAAGACAUUGAUGAAAGGAUUGUAGAAGCUAACCCCUUACUUGAGGCCUUUGGAAAUGCCAAAACUGUACGAAAUAACAAUAGUAGUCGAUUUGGAAAAUUUGUAGAGAUCCAUUUCAAUGACAAGAAUGCUGUCGUUGGAGGUUUUGUAUCUCAUUACCUGUUGGAAAAAUCACGAAUCUGUACACAGAGCACAGAAGAAAGAAAUUACCAUAUCUUUUAUAGGCUGUGCGCAGGUGCUCCUGAAGAGAUUAGGCAAAAGUUUCACUUGACCUCCCCUGAUAAUUUCCGGUAUCUGAGCCGAGGAUGUACCAAGUACUUUGCCAACAAGGAAUCAGACAAGCGGAUUCUACAGAAUCGCAAGAGCCCAGAGUGUCUUAAAGAAGGUUGUCUGAAGGAUCCAUUGCUUGAUGACCAUGGUGAUUUUAACCGUAUGUGUGUCGCUAUGAAGAAAAUAGGGCUGGAUGAUGCAGAGAAGCUUGAUCUGUUCCGUGUAGUUGCAGGUGUUCUACACCUUGGAAAUGUUGACUUUGAAGAAGCUGGAAGCACCUCAGGUGGAUGUGUCCUGAAAAAUAAAUCAAGUCAGUCACUGGACCACUGUGCUGAACUGCUGGGGCUGGAUGGGGAUGAUUUGCGUGUUAGUUUGACCACUAGAGUAAUGCUGACCACUGCUGGAGGUGUCAAAGGCACAGUUAUCAAGGUACCCUUAAAGGUGGAGCAGGCAAACAACGCACGGGAAGCUUUGGCCAAGGCAGUUUAUAGCCACCUAUUUGACCAUGUUGUGAAGCGGGUCAAUCAAUGUUUCCCCUUUGAGAGUUCCAGUUUUUUCAUUGGGGUUCUGGACAUUGCUGGGUUUGAAUAUUUUGAGCACAAUAGCUUUGAACAAUUCUGCAUUAACUACUGCAAUGAGAAGCUUCAACAAUUUUUCAAUGAGAGGAUCUUGAAAGAGGAACAAGAAUUAUAUCAGAAAGAAGGGCUUGGUGUGAAUGAAGUGCACUAUGUGGAUAAUCAAGAUUGCAUAGAUUUAAUUGAAACUAAAUUGGUGGGAAUCCUGGAUAUCCUGGAUGAAGAAAACCGUUUGCCUCAAGCCAGCGAUCAACAUUUCACUGCCGUGAUACAUCAGAAGCAUAAAGAUCACUUCCGACUCACAAUUCCUAGAAAGUCCAAGCUGACGGUUCACAGGAACGUCCGUGAUGACGAAGGGUUUAUCAUCAGGCACUUUGCUGGAGCAGUUUGCUAUGAAACAGCUAAGUUUGUGGAAAAGAAUAAUGAUGCCUUACACAUGUCCUUGGAAUCGCUGGUAUCAGAAUCGAAGGACCCAUUUGUCCGGAAACUCUUUGAAGGAACCAACAACAAUAAGGACACAAAACAAAAAGCAGGAAAACUGAGCUUCAUUAGCGUUGGGAAUAAAUUCAAGACUCAAUUGAAUCUGUUGCUUGACAAAUUACGCAGCACAGGAUCCAGCUUUAUUCGAUGCAUCAAACCUAAUCUCAAAAUGACAAGUCAUCAGUUUGAAGGGGCACAAAUUUUGUCACAGCUUCAGUGUUCAGGUAUGGUGUCUGUGCUAGACCUCAUGCAGGGUGGAUUUCCAUCACGUGCUCCAUUCCAUGAACUUUACAACAUGUACCAGAAGUACAUGCCUCCAAAACUCUGCAGGUUGGACCCUAGGCUCUUCUGCAAGGCAUUGUUCAAAGCCUUGGGUCUCAAUGAGAAUGAUUACAAGUUUGGUCUUACCAAAGUCUUUUUCAGACCUGGCAAGUUUGCAGAGUUUGAUCAGAUCAUGAAGUCUGACCCAGAACAUCUGUCGGUGUUGAUGCAACGUGUGAAUCACUGGCUCAUUUGCAGUCGAUGGAAGAAGGUUCAGUGGUGUGCACUGUCUGUCAUUAAAUUGAAGAACAAGAUGAAGUACCGAGCUGCUGCUUGCAUUAAGAUGCAGAAAACUGUCCGCAUGUGGUUAUGCAAGAAGAAACACAAACCACGCAUUGACGGUUUGGUGAAGGUGAACUCACUCAAGGAGCGAGUGAAUAGAAUGACUGAGGUAGUGAAGGCCCUGAGGGAGGGAAAAGCUGAGAUGAGUAAACAAGUCCAGGAUCUGGAUUCAUCAAUUAACGCUCUUGUGACCAAAAUUAAGAACAUAAUCAUGACCAGAGGUCAGAUUGAUAAGGAAUAUGUUGCUCUGGUGAAACGAUCAGAACAGCUUCUCAACACACUCCAGAAGAAGAAGCAAGAAGAAGAGGAAGCUGAGCGUCUGCGAGUCAUCCAACAGGAAAUGGAACGAGAACAGAAACGGCGAGAGGAGGAGGAGCAGAAACGCAAGCAAGAGGAGGAAGAACGCCGGCUGAAAGCUGAUAUGGAGUUGAAGAGGAAACUGGAGGAGGAGGAGAGGAAGAAAGGGGAGGAAGAAAAGCUUCGUUUGCAGGCUGCAAUGGAGGCUCAGCUCGCUUUAGAGCGUGAGGAGGAAACUCGUAAGCAGGCAUUGCUGGAGCAAGAGCGACGUGACCGGGAGCUUGCCAUGAGGAUCGCACGAAGUGAGUCUGAACUCAUCUAUGAUGAAUCACCUAUGGACGCAGGAAUUAAAAGUGUUGAAGUUAAACACAUCCACCCAGUUGCAGUUGCUGCUAAAUCUGGUGGACCAGAAUCCAAAAUGACAAUGGAAGAAAUGGCCAAGGAAAUGUCGGAUUAUCUGGCUAGAAGUCCUGAAGUCCAGGCUACCAAGGCUGCUGCUGGCACAAAGAAAUAUGAUCUCGGCAAAUGGAAAUAUGCUGAACUGCGAGAUGUCAUCAACACCUCCUGUGAUAUUGAACUGUUGGCAGCCUGCAGGGAGGAGUUCCAUCGGCGACUGAAGGUUUACCAUGCCUGGAAGUCCAGGAACAAAAAGCGCAACGCCGAAGCAGAACAACGUGCUCCAAAAUCAAUCACUGAUUAUGCUCAGCAGAAUGCCCCACAACUGCAAGCCAGGCAGCAGGAGAUUGCUCAGAAUCGGACGCAGCGCUAUUUUCGCAUCCCAUUCAUCCGCCCGGCUGACCAGUACAAGGAGCCCCAGAACAAGAAAAAAGGCUGGUGGUAUGCCCAUUUUGAUGGACCGUGGAUUGCACGUCAAAUGGAACUACACCCAGACAAAGCUCCCAUACUACUGGUAGCUGGUAAGGAUGACAUGGAGAUGUGUGAGCUGAGCCUGGAUGAAACAGGGCUCACUCGGAAGCGUGGAGCUGAGAUCCUACCACGGCAAUUUGAAGAGGUGUGGGAGCGCUGUGGUGGAGUCACAUAUCUGCGUAAUGCAAUCGAGAGCAAGCAAGCCAGGCCCACCUAUGCCACAGCAAUGCUGCAGAACCUUUUGCAUUAGAAUGUGUUACAGUUUCUGUCCUUAUUAGAGAGAGCUUUAUAGAAAAAAAGACUUGUGAAUGGAUCGAAGGGAAAAAUGCUUUUCCUUGGCGAAUAUAAAUCUCAGAGCUUGAAAUAAAUGUUUUUUAACUUCCAGAACUCAUAAGCACUAUGCUAUGCAAUGGAAAUGACUAAAACCAAUCAAGUAAAAUUAGGAAUAAUAUUUAGUGACAGUAUCCCUAAUUCCUUAAAAUUGUGUGGUUAGCAAUCAAAACUGAACGAUAUCUAAAGUGAAUCAUUGUUUAGUCAAAGGUUUCUCGGUGAUAUUUACAAGACUAGGCAAAGAAUGAAGGUGGCUGAUUUGUAUGAUAGUUCUUUCAAAAUAAUAUCUGUUGGGAAGCAUUAUGAUAUCCUGGAGUAGUUUAAAAAUCUGCAAUUUUGAUUGAAUAGUGGGAUAUUAUUUAAUUAUUGCUUGGUGAGAGACCUUAAUGUGAACAGUUACUAUUCCCCAUAACCAACAUUUUAUAAACCCCAGAUCAGUAAGUUUAAUACUGAUAUAGCAUUUCACAGCUGGAUUAUAAAGUUUUACUUGAAGGUUGCAGCUUUCAGGAACUAUUAAAUAACCUGCGACCUUUUAUAGAUUCUUUAACUCUAGUGGGUCCUGAUAUUAGGUUCUUGCAGGAAAUUAUUUCAAGCCCUGCAAUUUCAAAUAAACAUAAUCAUGUUGUACCUAUUUGACAUGAAUGGAUUUUGUUAAUUGUAGAGCUUUGUUUUGUUAAUUUCUAAUUUUUGUGCUGUUACUUUUGUGUGGUGAAGUCUUUUUUGUGCACUCUGAUAACUGAAUACUUGGACCAUCUAUAAACACUGUUUUUGCAGUGAAAUGAUGUCUUAACAUUGGUUAUUUAACAUGUUGGGGUGUAUCUUCUCCAGCUUCUCAUGAAGGAAGCAUGGUCCUUGAGGAUUGAGCAGGGGCACAACUUUUUCUGAAUAUCUGCCAGUGCAUACUGAUCUCACUACACCCGCCCUGCCCCCCCGAUCAUUCUGGCUUACUUAAAACCAUACAUAGAAAUUCCUUCCUGAUGAGGUUAAUGGUGACAAGUUGGCUUUUUUUAAGGGGAUUAAGUAAAACCAACUUCCAGGUCUGAAAGAUAGAGCCUGUUGGCUCCUUGUGUACAAUGUUUAUUCUUUCAUAGCUGCUGAAUUUAAAAGAAAACACAGAAUCUGUGCAGAUGGGAUUUAUGUCAACUGGGCUAGAACAGGGGAGUGAAAAAAGGGUCAGCCUCAGAAAGCUGGCCAGUGUAACCCUGCACUGCAUGGCAGUUGUAGUUUUUGUGGGACCGUAUUAUCCCAGCCUAUGUUUGACAAAGUCUAACUCAAUAACUGACUAUGGUGUGGAAGUUGCUGUAAAGACUGGUUAUUUAUUUAUGAUUUCAAAUGUGCAAGUGAUUCUCUAAAACUGAUCUGCAAGUCCUGCCUGGAAAGAGUUGAUGUUUUCAUGAUACUUCCUGAAUCACUUGGACCAAGUCUCUUAAGAUUUACAGUUUUACCAUUUGAUUUUGAAUUAUCUGUUUUCAGCUGGUGAGAUGCAGAAAAUAAACACAUUCCAUAUCUAA